UCCCACAGCCCGUGAACGCCUCCCCUCCUCCCCCUGUUUCAGCAGCAGAACAGAAGGAGCCUCUAGCAUGGCGGAGGGUGCAGCUGGAGUUCUGUUGUCUCGCCUGUUUCCUCUUCAUGUUAGCUUUUAAUUAAACAUAUAAUAGAUGUGUCUUCGUACUGAACACUGAACAUCCUCUAAGAAAACAUCAGUAAGAAGAAAACUUGUGUUUGUGAAGGAGGGACUCGACAGAAGUGCUCUGGAGAAACCUGGUAGCUUGCUAACUAGCAGAAAUUGGAAGAGGCAACAAGAGGAGGAGUCGUGUUUUGGAAGAGCUGAUGCAGAAGCCAUGGCCCCAGCUGAGGAAUGGGAGUGACAUGACAGCACUGGUCCCGAGUCAGCGUCAUGUUUUUCUGCUGAAGUAGAAGCAGAAAGCACAAAGAAUGGACGAGUCAGUGUUGUUGGAUUUACUCGAGUGCCCCGUUUGUCUGGAGCGCCUGGACGCCUCUGCGAAGGUCCUACCGUGUCAGCACACCUUCUGCAGACGAUGCCUCCAGGGCAUCCUGGGCUCACGUGGAGAGCUGCGCUGCCCGGAGUGCCGCACGCUGGUGGAGUGCGCCGUGGACGAACUCCCAAGCAACAUCCUUCUGGUGCGCCUGUUGGACGGCAUCAAGCAGAGACCUCGCAGGGCUGGACCUGGGGCCGCCGUCUGCACCAACGGUACGUCUGGAGCCGUGGCCAGAGCGCACAGCAGCAGCAGCGGCGGGAGCAGGGAGCAGGGCGCCCCGGGACCGCAGCCCCAGAGAGCUCAGGCUAAGAGCAGCCUCGUCCGGGGUGUCCCACAGCUCCCUUGUGCCAAGGCGCUCUACAACUACGAUGGCAAGGAACCAGGAGACCUCAAGUUCACCAAGGGCGACAUCAUCAUCCUGCGCCGGCAAGUGGACGAGAACUGGUACCACGGGGAGAUGGGAGGAGUCCACGGCUUCUUCCCCACCAACUUCGUCCAGGUCAUCAAGCCGCUGCCGCAGCCGCCACCUCAGUGCAAAGCUCUGUACGACUUUGAGCUCAAAGACAAGGAGGCGGACAAGGACUGUCUGCCUUUCUCCAAGGAUGAUAUCCUGACUGUGAUCCGCAGAGUGGAUGAGAACUGGGCAGAGGGAAUGCUGGGAGACAAAAUUGGAAUUUUUCCCAUCUCAUACGUGGAGUUCAACUCAGCAGCUCGUCAGCUUAUAGAGUUGGACAAGCCGUCAGACUCCAACGGGGACUCUGGUGAAGGGGCCUCCUCUGGGCCCCAGAGCAACGGCGCUCAGCGGGCAGGGGAGAAGAAGAACAGCAAGAAGCGACAUUCCUUCACCUCUCUCACCAUGUCCCACAAGCCCAUGCUCGCCCCCCCUCCCCAGAGACACUCCAUGGAGAUCAGCGGGCCGGUCCUCAUCAGCUCCAGCAACCCCACCGCAGCAGCCCGGAUCGGAGAGAUCAGCGGGGGGCUGUCCUGCAGCGCACCUUCACAGGUUCACAUUUGCACAACUGGACUAAUUGUGACGCCACCCCCGAGCAGUCCUGUUACUACAGCAACUGUCUUCACGUUUCCUUCGGAGACGAGCUACACAUCCAUCCCUGUGGAUGCUCUCCCACCGCCCCCUCCGCCUCCCCCGCAGUCCUCUGUUGAUGGAGCCGCGUACUCAUUGGCUGGGGGACAGAGACCCUCCCCGAGCAUAAGCGACCAAAGUGGGAGACAAAGACCCACAGUCUAUGUGGCCAUGUUCCCCUACACUCCCCGUAAGGAGGACGAGCUGGAGCUGAGGAAGGGGGAGAUGUUUCUGGUGCUGGAGCGCUGUCAGGACGGCUGGUUCAAGGGCACGUCCAUGCACACGGGCAAGAUCGGAGUCUUCCCUGGGAACUACAUGAGCCCAGUCAGCAGGACCGCAUCUGGCAGCACGCAGCCCAAAGUGGCAAUGACUCUGUGCACUCAGGCUGGCAGAGGGGUCACCAUCGUCAGCCCCUCUUCUGCCCCACUUGGUGCAAUCGUUCCAGGUCCUGAUUUCAACAAACCCCUCACUGUGUGCUCCAGCGCUGUACCCGCCAACUCCCAGCCUGCAGCUGUGGUCACAGCAGCUCAAACCGCCACGGGUCAGCAGCCAAAAGUCCCUCUGCAUGUCAACUCCCAGAUGACUGUGAACCAGGCUCGCAAUGCAGUCCGGACAGCUGCUUGUCACAGUCAGGACCGACCCACCGCAGCAGUGACCCCCAUCCAGUCUGCAACAACCGUGGCCUAUCUCCCACACCUCGCCGUGUGCUCGCAGCCUCCCUCCGGUUCUGCCCAAGGCUGCGCCCGGGUUGGUGUGGCGAUGGGCUGUGCCGCCGCCUCUUUGACCCCACCCAAUGUCAGCGCUGCAUCCCUGGAGGGUGACGGUCUGAGAGCUGUACCUGUCCUCGCUGUGCCUGUGAACAGCUCCGCUCUCAAUCCUGCGUUGAACAGCGCAGCUCUCGCCUGCAGACUGGACAAGGACACUAAGAGGGAAAAGAAAAGCCUGCUGAAGCUGUUGUCCAAUAAGAAGAAGUCUCGCCCUUCACCACCCUCCUCACCCACCCUGGAGGCGGAGCAGGCUGCCGCUGGAGAGGUGCUACAUGGUGCAGUGGGCCCUGAAACCUCCCCUCCCUCUGAGCCGGAACCUGCUGCUGCUGUCGCUUCUGCCUCUUCAUCAUCCUCCUCCUCAGCCCCUGAGCCCACCUCCCAUCGGAAGAGCAGCCCCCUUGAUGGAUGCGCACCCAUUGCUCCUCCUCCUCGCCAGCCGUGCUCGUCUCUCUUAUCUCAGCAACAUGACGCACGGCCCAUCAUAUGUGAGAGGUACAGAGUGGUGGUGUCGUAUCCUCCCCAGAGCGAGGCCGAGCUGGAACUUAAGGAGGGCGACAUUGUGUUUGUUCACAGGAAGAGGGAGGACGGCUGGUUCAAAGGCACACUGCAGAGGAACGGCAGGACCGGACUGUUCCCUGGCAGCUUUGUAGACAUCAUUUAACACACACACACACACACACACACACACACACACACAGAAGUACAGUGAACCACGGUCACUCUCACCGUGACCCUGCUGACCGCUGCUAACCUCUCUACAGUUUGUCAUGCACAAACCGAACCCAGCAGCUCCUGUGAGGCUGCCGGGACAGAACCACCGCGCUGUGAGAGAAAGAACUGUAAGCAUUGAAGCACACAGGACAGAGUUAGAGGAGAGCACACGAAGACUCAUGAACUUUUUCCUUUUUGUUAUUUAUAUCUUUGUAACAAUUCAGCUGUUAAAUGUGUGCCUUGUACUGUGUUCCUCACUUUAUUGUACAUAAGGACACAAAGAUGAUUAGUCCUAAAACAAGAAGUAUGAGCUGUCGAUAUAGAUAUAUUACGCAUUUUAACUUAUUGCAUAGACUGGCCUUUGUGUAGGUGUUGCAACACAUUAAGGGGUUAAGCUGGCACAUGCCUUAUGCCAUUUAUCCGUUACUUCUUCUGCUACUUACUUUCCCCAUCUCUGACUGCUGAUUCAAGUUUGACCAUCAUUUCGACCCAGGAGAAGGAGAGGGCUGGGCAUUCUGCAGAGAAGUCUGCAAAUAGUUCACAUGAAAUAUAAUCUGAUAGCACAUCCAAUAUGAGGAGAAUCCUGAUUCAGAUGGAGGGCUUUUAGAGAGAGCAUUAAAACCAGAAGAAACACUGAUUUCAGGGUUAAAAUUUCGUCAUCCAAGGACACGGGGGGCUGCGAGCUGAGCUGCACAUUAACUCAGACUGUCUGCAGGUUAGGACUCCUCCAGACUUCUCCUUUUUUGAAACCUUUAAAAAAGGAAUAAAGUGUUUGAAUAAGUAAAAGAAGCGUCAGAGUUUCCCCGACUCUUGGACGUUAUUCGGGGACUGCAAGCCGAGCUGCUGCUUCUUUCUUGUUUAGGAUUCCUAUAGUAGUCAUUAGCUAGUUUUCAGCAGAAGCAGGAACAAAAAAGAGGGACCAGGUUAUUAAAACCCAUAGAAUAAAAACAGUUGAAGCAGUUCAUAAAAAGUCUAGAGGGAGCUGCAGCUCAGGAUCUUAGCAUCCACUAAGGUUAAGAAUCCUUCAGCGUGCUUCAUCUGCUACUGAAAAACUGAAAACUAACUGCACUUAUGUUGAGUAAAGCAUCCAAAGUUUAGAACAUCAUCAGAUUUGAUUUUACAUUUCGGUGCCCAGCCCUCAAACAGAUCUAUCAGACACUGUAGAUCCCAAAAAAAAUGAUCAUCCCUCAUUCUGAACUGUAGGAAAAUCCUCCUGCAGAUCUGAUGGCGUUUGCAUUGAUCAGCAGCGUUGCAAACCUGAAGCUCCCUUCCUUCACAGCAUGUGAAAAUUGCACACUUUGCAAACUGUCUCUCCCCGGCCUCCAGUCUUUUGUUUCUUCUGCUGCGGCUGAGAAAGUGCCAAGAACUGUUACCUGCAGCAAUCAAAUAUUUGCAUGCGAGUAGCAAAAGCCUUCUGCAGGAGACGAGAUGAGGAUGGAUGUGUCGCAGGACUGUUUGGUAAUGCCUUUUUUAAUAUGCUGAAAACACUCCAAGACAGACUUCACAGUCAGACGUUGCUUACUUUGUACCUUCUUUGUAUUUACUGACCCUAGUAGCUUCUCUCUCAAACCCAGACGUAGCUCUGCAUCACGAGAGCGACAAAACACUUCAGUAACGAUGCACAACCGAUUCUUCCCAGUGUAUAUUUAUGUUUAUUUACAAACUCCACAGAGGCUGACGGCUGCUGCUGCUCUCAGAGAAACUAACCUGUUUGUGUUUUUUGUACACUAUUACUCAUUCCUAAUGUGACUUGUGGCAAUAAAAACACAGCUAGCUAAAGCACAGAAUGUUUGCCUAAAGGAACAUAUCAUCGUUUCACUCCGCGGGAGGAGGUGUGCAGUGGAAAGAGACCGUUUUAAUGAAAUCAAUCACUCUGACCCCUUUGUUUUUGUAUUCUGUACAUUUCAUCUUUACACAUUUUUAAAUCUUAAUGUUGUAUUGACUUGAAUUACCGUAGGCUGUCUUUGUGGUUGGAGGGGUGUGGUGGUAGAUUUGGUGUUUGUGAACUUAAAGAAUCAGCAGUUAUAGAUUUAAUACUCUGGAGGAUGAAAAGCAGAUCAAAUAACUCCACGUAUAAUUUAUCUGUUCCUUUAUAAAGUCUACGUUACGUUAAAUAAAUGAAUUAAAUUCUCCAAAGGAAAGAGUGGGUGAAGUGUAGACUGCCCCCACAACACUUCAUGUAAUGGGGCUUAAUCAUCUGAUGUGGAGGGAGGGAUUUCAACACUUUAAAGUUGAGGCAAUCUGUCCCAGUGUGGCUGGAGAGUGAACUUCCAGACUGAAUCGGACCCAUAGUUUCAACUCUCUGCAGUCUCUUGAUGUUAAUUGAGGGGGACCACUGUGUAGCUGACUGCUGGAAUAUAUUGUAGUGUGUUUGAAAUGUGGAGCGAGUGUGGAGGAGGAUGGUACGAAUCACUGUUAGGGCCUGUUUCUGUCUUUGUCUUCCUGAUUUGCUACUCGUGUAGAAUUAACCUGAUAUGUUGCAUUGUUGUCUUGGCAAUCACCACACCGACCUCAGGCUCUGUGCUGAACUUUCCUCUGAGUGUCUUCUCAUUUCACUGUUAAGCCUUUAAUAGAAACGUCAAACUUAACUCCAGCUCAGAUGUUACACGUUUAUGCACUAUAACGACAUUUCUAAUCGUACAUAUUGUUCAUGCAUAGGCUGCACAGUUCUGACAACAUUAAGCAUUUCUUAAAGGGGAGAUGUCUUGUAGUUUUAAACUUGGCCUACAGUUUGAUGUAUUAUCAGGUUUACAUCACGAAUGGGUGCACAAAGUUUUGGAAUUGCAGUCAGGACACGGUUGUCCUUUAGGGGGCACAUGCACAAGACCAAAAACCUUCAUGUUGUUGCUACUGCAGGCUCAGAUUGUUGUUUUAACUGUUUGACAUCAUUACAGAGAGGAUCCUUACAGCUACAGCCUUUUUCUUAAAGAGUAUGAUCCUUGUUUUUACACCAAAUCGCUCUGCUCAAAGCUACCAAACACCACUGGCAAAAACAGUGAUCCUGCAAUGCAGAGCACGGGAGUUGCUGAUCUACUGCUGCAGCAAUUUGUUAGUUUUCUUAAUGCAUUUGUGAGACUUUUAUGUUUUAAGUGGAUAAAACAAAUGCAGUAUAAUAUAUUUCAAACAUAAAAUAACAAAAAACAUAAUCAAGGCUGCAGACCAGCAACUCUUUAGAUCUGCAAAGUAAAACUGCUGCUUUUCUCAAUGGAGUUUGGUUGCAUUGAUGUAAAAGAUGCAAUACAUGUUUCCAGUUGCAGAAACCCUUGUUAGCUUUUGGGGAACAAUGUCACAAUGUUCUAAAAAUCAUCUUUAAAAUCUGAGCCUGUCAGCUGCAGAACAAGUGAUGAGUUUGAUGUGUUUCCAAAGGACGGAUUAGCCCUUUAAAAGAUGAAGCUGCAGCCGCUGCAACCUGUUUCACAAUCUAUUCCCCGAGCUAAUUCAAAACAUUCUGCACCUUUAAGUCAUUUAGACCUGAAGUUGUAUAAAAGGAGGCCCAGGUUUAAGAACACAAGACCACCCUUCAACAGUUCUAGAAUAUAUUUUCACUUAUUGGGACGGAGGCAACAAACGUUUGCCUGAUUCAACGCAACAGAUUUUCCUCAUGCCAAGGUGACUUACUUGAUUUUUUUCUUCAUUUUUUUGUCUGUAGUUAGUCUGUUGUAUGUCUGAAAAUGGUGAAACUGAAAUCAUCUUAUUUGGCACAAGUCUCUUAUGUGAAAACAUUCUGAAGUAUUUGAGGGAAUAGCACAUUUUGUAAAAAUCGCUAUAACAAUAAAAGCUAAUGGUUUCCAUAAUC